CACGUUUGUUGCAUGUGUGUGUUCUCAAGAUGGCCGCCUCGCAGCUUGGUAAUGUUGACGUCGUCCGCAACGAAACCGCGUCUCACGUUUCUGCGUGAAAACAAGAAAAUUGGAAGGUGUGACCUGCUCAUUAACAAGCAACGAACAAAUCUUGAGAAUAAUUCAAAUCGUGAGUGUUGUGUGAAAGCGUGUUUUAAAUUCGUUGGAAAAAUUUUGAAUCACUCCAAAUUCGUUUCUUGUCAAUGGAACGUGGUGGUCUCUAUUUUAUAAACGACAAGUGAAGAACAGUGUACAAAAUAAGAAUUAUUAAGAAAAAACAACCAUGUCAAGGGUUCGCUAGCGCCGGAUAUUGUGAUAAUAAAUGCGUUCACCUGAAAAUAAAAACGUCAUCAGUGCAAUAAUUUAAACGUGCGACUUGAGACUCGGCAGAAACGAUUGACGGCCAUAUUAAACACACGACGACGGAUCCCCCGCCGUCAUCGCGAGAUAUUCGGCCAAGGUGGAGACUGCUAUUCAUCAUAUUGAGUGGAUUUUUUCUCACAUCCUGCGGAUGAAGUUUGUUGCUCAUCAUCUUCAAGGAACGAACGGGGAAUCUCGACCAGGUCGAGUUACCACGGCGUUGUUUUGCCUGAUGUCCCUGCCAGCCGUUCCCGACCCCGGUUUACAACUUCGAAAUCGGAAUACCUGUUUAUCACCCGUUCUGGACCCUAUGCUACCGAUCUGAGGAUAUACAGGAAGCAGUUGGCGGUGUGGUCAUUGUUGAUUUUGAGAGGAAUCAGAAAUUGAAAGAGGAUUACAUAGUAAAAAGAGGAAAAAGGAAUUUUGGAGAGCUAGUGAGAGAGAGAGCUAGAGGCGGUCUCGAGGGAGGACAUCGCCUCUGUUGUGAAAAAACUGGGUUGAAGUUGCUGAUGUCCGCCACGAGUCCUGCCCCUGCUGCUCCUGCAAGAUUCUCUGGUCCUCGAUUAACAACGACUAUAGAGGAAUUGGACUGUGUAUUUUUAUCACUGGGAUACGAUUGCACUGUUUUUCACUCAAAGACAUCAUCGGUUAUUUAUUUUCAGUGGCUUCCAUACCUAAACCACUGCUGCAUUCGAUACCCCUCUGAAUGUCUUCACACAUCCAAAAGUCGUGCGUGGGGCUUGAAGCAACAUUGAGUGACAGCAAAAAGAAAUACGGCGACAAGGUGAAUGCACUUUUGUCCGCCUGGGAACAUGUCACCAAUUUUAUUCCUGCGGCAUCCCCAGAUACAAUCAAGGCUCUCAUAGAAUGGGCCCACAAACACACGCUGAAAUUGGUAUUGCGCGGGGAAUGGCCAAAAUUACAAAAUGCAACAAAGACGCACCUCAGUGUAACGUUGAAAAGGUGCGCAGAAAACCUGGAGAACCACCUCGCAUCCAGGUGUACAACAUUAGUAGAUUUGGUGCACAAUCCUUGGUCAAAUCCUGCCCUCGAGAAAAUACUUAACGGUCAACCGGACGGUGAAAAUGAAGAAGCGUUCUGUUGUUCGGAAAAAGGUGAGUUACUGACGAUGAGGUUAAAGAUACUUUGCGAAGACCGCUGUGAGGACAUAGCGGUAAAUCUCGCGGCAGCUUGUGUUCGUUCGCUGAGAAGAAGUGAAGCACUACGUUCUGCUUCUGAAGUCCAUCAUGUUCAAUAUAUGUUUGAUGUGUACAUUGUCCUCUUGUUCAAAUUGAAACGCACGCAAGACAUUUUCGCUCAAUUAACAUUAAUGGACCUUGAAGAUGGACUUGAACUUGUUCAGCGACUUAGCGGUGAAAAACCAAUAAAAUAUGGAAAGGCAAGAGUUUGGAAAAAUUCAACAAAAGCUGCUGAAUUGGUUGUACAAUAUCUCGUGACUGUUGGAAUGGUUCGCCCUGUAUCUGAAACCGGUGCAAAUGUACUUGAACAAAUUUUAAAUUCUUGGGCAUUGUUACAUUCGAAAUUAAAAGAAACUGCAUCUACAUUACCUGGAAUGAUUCGAAAAUUAAUAGAGCCCGCUGAAAGUGCUCAGCAUAUUUAUAUUUUGUGCACUGUACUAAUGAAACAUUUUGGAGGUACUGUGAAACCUCUCGUCAUUGAACUUUACAUUAGAGCAUUGACAACAGACAUGAACGAAUUGGAAAGUCAAAAAACAAAAGCAGACAAGGAAAAAGCUCGCGAGACAGCUAAACGAUUAAGUGUGCAAUUUUUAAAGUUAGCAGAUUUUGUUGUUAGUAAUAUUGGCAUUGCCAGAGAAUGUGUGCUGACAGCAUUUUCUUUAAAUCCUACAAGGGAAUGUUAUGAUAGAAUAAAAGAAAUCGCAAUUGCUUGCGGAAAAAUUAAAAAGGAAAUCAAUGAAAAUGGAGAGGAUGAGGAGAUUAAAAGGUUUCAAAAUAUGUCUAAUAGCUCCUUAAAUGAUGUGAAUGAGAAAAAAGACGUGAUUGAUUUUAGUGCUACAACAAAUUUGGAUACAAAUAUGGGAAAAUCAACAUUGUCCUCGAUGUGUGCAUCUACUACUGCUCAAAAUAUAAGAAAAAAUAUUGAAUUUCAAAGUGGAACGAGCAAGAGCUUCCAGCAUACAGACGAGAUACUUAAGACAAUUCUUACUUCAUCUUUAAAUAGUGAGGGCUUAAAACUUGAAAAAUGUACUUUACAUCCAAAAAGAGAUCCAUCAUUAAAUGGACCUAUUGGUGAACUUUGUUUCAAUUGUGGUGAAUUUACUGGUAUUGAAGCGACUCCACCAUCGCCUGAAACAAAUAAUAUUGAAAGAACAUUGGACGCUUUGAUUUUAAUUAAAGGUGAUGCCGUUACGGGUUCAGCUAAUUAUGAUGAGAAAACUGUGCCAAAUCAAGUACUAGAUGCAGAAAAAUUAGGAUUGUCACCGCAACUUUGUGAUGAUCUUGCAGUAGUGCUUAGUAGUCCCAGAUAUCAUAUGCUCAGCUGGGUUUUGGAUUGGAAUGAAUUGAACACACUUUGCGAGAGGUAUCUCGAGAAUGCUGAAGAGAUGCGUAAUACAAAUAAAGAGCUUAAAUAUCUCAAUAUUGAUUAUUCGCAAUUUAAAGAUUGGCCGUCGGAAGAUGAAUCAAAAGAUGAAUUUUUCGGUAUUGAAAAAGGUUACGAGCAAUGGGCCGAUAUUCCUUCGGAUUCAUCAGAACAGUAUGGAAGCUUUCAACCAGCGGGAAAUUACAAGAGGACCACAGCGCGACGCAGCCUUGAUGACACGACGGAUUCCGAGAGUGAGAGUGUUGUUCAAGUCAGGAGGCGUGGGAGACCGAGAAAAGUUCACCCAGUUGUAUCGUCAGAAAGUGAUUAUGAUAGUACUGAAAAUAAACCAAAACAUUUUAGAAAUAGAACCUUGUCAGUAUCUGAUAGCGAUACAAAUACUCAAGAUAGUCAGACCGAUAGUUUAGGCAGCGACGGAUUUAGGCCAGAUGCAAAAAAAUCGAAUAAACCGUGUGUAAAAGAAAAUAGUAAAAAACACGGAAAAUCGAAAUUAACAGUGGAAACAGUAUCACAUUUUCAUAUGCUUGUUAAUGAAGCAAUUCGACAUCCCGCGGAAGAUGUGAGUGGUUCAGAUGUAAGUAGUAAUGAUAUUAUCACUCUAUUCUCGGCCGAUCUUGAUGAAAAUAAACGUGAAACAAUUAAAGGUUCCACUUAUACUGCAGCAGCUCCCCUAAUUAUAACUGAGAAAAGAAGUGAUCCUGAUGUUUUAAAAUCACUGAGAAUGUUUAGGCCGAAAAAUAGUAAAAAGCCAAGGAUUUCGCAAAUAUUGCAGAAAAAUUUAUUAAAUAAAAGUAAAGAUAAUAAUAAUAUUAACGAUAAUUCCAACAGUCCCACAAAAUAUGCACCAAUGCUCAGUACAUUGAAUCUUAAUCCAAAGAUUGUCCUUACAAGAACCGACGAUGUCCAAGGAAAACGGAAACCAACAAAAAAACAAUUCAACAGAAAUGAUCUCACCACCAAACUGAUCAAUAUUCAAAAAACAAUGCCCUUUCAUCAGAACAAAAAUUCAAUUGUCACAUACCAGAAGCAGAGAAACGGCCGGAUCAACAGCAACGCGGGAUCCGUUGAUGGACGUGAACGGGUCUGUUCCGUCAAAUCCAACUUGGGUAAGACCAAGUUCGAUAUUCUUGCGCAGGCAGUUAGGGAUUCUGAUAUAUUGGCAAAAAAUGUACCCGGUCUUAAUUCAUUAGACAUGAUGAUUCCUCCGAGGAUACAAUCAACUGUCAACGUUGUACAACUAUCGAGAAAUAUUCCACCGAGUCCCAGUACCGUGUCAGGCAAUAGCGGCAAUACACCACCGAGAAAUCGCACCUCCAGCAAUACGGGCAACAUUCAAUUACCCGGCACACCCUCAUCGGGUGGACAUGACUCGGGGGUUGGAAUGAGCCCGGCUGGUCAAACCCCUCCACCGAGGUCGUCAUCUAUGCACGACGUCGGAGAUGAGGCGAAUCAACCUCCGGACGCAUCUCCCACCGAUUCAAUUAAUGCCUCAACUCUCGAAACCGACAGUCCUCGAACAAUAAACAAUCAACGUUCCGGUCAAAGUCAAUCGCCAAAAAAAUCACCUUCACCCUCAACAACAACAGCCACAACCGUUCCCAUUGGCUCUGAGCAAAUACAAAUUGUUUGCAAACCCGACGGUACCUAUCAGCUUGCCUCCGUUAAUCCAAAUAUUCUCACAAAUCAAAGAAGUGUCCUUGCACUGCAAAAUCUCGACGACGGAACAGUUGGCUUCUCAAGAAAUGUUGUCAAUCGAAAUACCUUCGACAGACUUGCGCCAAUCAAGACAACAUCUCAAGCUGGACACAAUACUGGUUUGCCAAAAUUUCAACACGCCUUUGGCAAAACAAUUUACACCCUAUCCACAGAUACCACCACAGUUGCCGCAUCUUCCACAACCGAAACCCUCACGCAACCAACGACCAUUCAAAAAGCCAGCAAUCUAUCAAAAGCCGUUCAAACAUCAGUUCCAAGUACCCAAGCAAACACCGCCAGUUUAAGCAUUCAAUCAAUCGCCGGCGUUCAAAAUCUUCAACUUUCCUCUGGCCGACAAAUAUUGAAUAUCGUUCAAAGUUCAACAGCCAGUAGCACAAACACAACAACUCCCACAGUGACUCAAACUCUCACACAACUUGUCCAAAAUAUGCAUAACGCUUCUUCCGGUGUAAUUUACACGCACAAAAUACCCGUAACCAUAUCCACUACAAAUCCAAGUCAGCUCAAUAUCAUACCCACGAUCACGCCCGCCAAUUCAUUAACCGGCAAUCGUACGCCAGUGGUAAAGCUCAACAUCAUCAGGGCACCGAUCCGACAACAAAAUAUUGGAACAAUUCAAGCUGUUCUCGCAACACCGAGAAUGCCGCAACCAACCGUUAGGCCUGAGACAACGCUCAUCAAUACACCAAUCGACGUUCCAAAUCAAGUCAGCUCAACCACAUUGGAGCAACUACGCGAAUUCGAAAGUGUCCUCGAGCAAGUGAAAGAGCGGAGUACAAUCCAACCUCAAAAUCAAAAUACAACCACCACCACUGUUCAAACUCAAACUCAAACCGCUCCAAGUCCCCAACUAACACCAACAAAACCCGUCAGUACUCUAACUCAACAACUCCUCAUACCUUCCCAAACUCCAAACAGCUCGAAAUUCAGUAAUGGCAACACCGUCACAUUUCCCGAUUCAUUCUCGCAAAAGGUCUCUCUAGCCUAUGUGAAUCAAACCUCAACACCUCCAAAAGUGACAAAUUCCACUCCCGUUGUUGUUGUGACAAGUUACUGUCAACCGGCAGCCUCGCCCGCUCUCAGUGUCACUUCACAAAGUUCCUCAAGCCCCUGUGUUACACCAGCACCAGCGCCAAUUCAAUCAUCAGGCAAAACACCGCCCACUGCAUCGCCAAAAUCAUCAAAAAAAUCAACACCCAAAACAGUAAAAACAAGCGCAACAAACACGGCAAAAGCCUCGCCAAUACCAAAGCCCCAACAAAAACCCCAAGAGGAUGAAAAAACAGCGCAAAGAAUCUAUGCAAUUCUCACACAAUAUGCCGAACAAUUGAGAAAUUCACCUGAUCUCAAUAAUAAACCAGCGCCACGUCGACGUUCAAAUCCACCCACAAAUCCUAGUCAAUCGUCAAAACGAAAAAAAUCAAGUUCAGGUAAAUCAAAAUCAUCAGGACAACAAUCAUCUGAAUUGAGUCCAAGCGCUGAGGAUCUUGGCCGUACAAUGGGCAGUGAAGAUUCAUCAAGUGGUAUUGCACAAGUUCAAGACAGUCCCGCUGGAUUUACAACACCCGAUGAACCAUCAACUGCAUCAAAUGCAAAUGACGCCACUGAUAAUCGUACCAACGAUUCAAAUGAUGGCGUUGAACAACUCAACAAUAUAAAAAGACGUAAUUUAAUCUUCACUGAACCAAAUGCAAGUGGUGGUCAACGUGCUGUCAUUGUUCAAGAAUCCGGUUCGGUGAGCGUUUCCGAAGCAUUGGCAUCAGUCACCGGCAAGAUGGGUAGUACAGCUGUACUUAUGUCAGGUAAUUACCAAAUUUUACCAAUGAAUUUAAUGAAAGGUGCACAACAAUUUACAAUUGUCUCGGGAGGUUCUAAAUUAUUAGCAACAGUACCAGCGACCGUUCGUACAACCGGAACAACCGGUGUUUCAAAUGCUCUCGUUCUACAAAGCUUUCUCAAUCAGGGCAAAAUUAUUUCCUCUCAACCAACACAAGUUAAACAAGUAAAAAUUCCAACUCUACAAACAUUAACAAAUCAACAAAGUGCAACAAUUGUCAUUCCACAAAAUAAUGCUCAAUUUGAUGAGAAAAAUAACGAAAUAAUUGCAAAAGAAACAACAACAACAACAGGUACAAAUGCAAUUUUAGUUAAUAAAACAAUUGGUUUAAUUCAACGUAAUUUAUCAGAUGUGAGCGAUAAUAUUUGUGGUGUAAUAACAAGUAAUCCAAAUUUAACAUUACAAGGAGCGAGAUUUUUUAAUUCAACAAUUGCCAAAUUAUCAACACCAGGUGAAAUAAAAACUGAAAGUGUUGUUUGUUUAGCGUCGAGUACACCACAAAAUACAAUUGAAAAAAAAACAACUCAUGAUAAUGCAAAUAAUUCAAUUGACAGUAAAACAGUCUCGUUACAAAAUGCAAGAAUUGCAUUGGCUUAUGCAACACCCACAGAAGUUUCAGUGAUUAAUAAUAGUAAUAAUCAACAACGUGAGACAAAAGAAAUAUCAACAGAAAUUUCCGCUAGUGAUAAAAUUAUUUCACCUAAAACUGUUAAGAGAAAACUUGAUGAUUCAACGACAACGUCGACAACAACAGCUGUUGGCCUUUCUGAGAAUAUACCAAGGAUUUUAAUUGCUGGAAAUAAUACAGUUUCGUCUGCAAUUACAACACCGCUACAAACUAAUAUUAAACUCGAACCGGGUACAACAACAAUGACUUCUGUGAGCAAACAAGUGAGCAAUUUGGACAAUACAUCGCAAUUUCUUAUAACCGGUGGCCCAAGCAGUUCCGACAGUCAACAAUCACCAAUUAGACAAUCAAUUGAUUCAAUUGAUUCAUCUGGAAAAAUUGGAAAUGGAAUUCUCUGUGGAAAUGCAAGGUUACAAGAAGCAUGGGAACCAGAUAGAAAACCAUCACCCGAUACACCCUGGAGGUAUGUUCCGACAUCAACAAACUCUUUAAACAUCGAACCAUAUAAAAUUUCAUCAAGAGACUCAGAGAGUACAGAAAAUGUAUUACAAAUAAUCAACAAAAAUCAAACCAUCGAAUUAUCAAGUGGCAAUGUUUUUCAACCAAAUGCAAAAAAAUAUUUUAUCAAUCAUUCUCUUGAAACCUAUCAACAGUAUUCGAAUAAAAAUAGUCUCGCGAAAUCACAUCCAAGUCAAAGAGAAUUAUUACAACAGCGUGCAGAACGUAAAAAUGCGGCUCUAGAACGUGAAUUAAAAUUACAAAAAAGUUUAUCAGAAGAAUGCGAAGAUCUUGGAGUUGAUGAACCAAGUACAAGUGAUCUAUUUCCCGAGGCUGAUUUACUUUUUGAUAAUAAUCAUUCACCUUCUUUUGAUCAUUCCUCACAAGACGCAACAUGCAGUCAAUCACUUGGCAUUAAACCCUAUUGCUCCUCUUAUUUUCGAUCUCUCGACUCAUCGAGUGGUAGUAGAGACGCAAGUCCAAUUGCCGAUCUUAAAGCAAAUGAACGAAGAAGAAAUGUUGUUCAACGAACAAGAACAUUGAAGGACACUGUCAAAAGAGCAAAACGAGAAAAAGUUGACGAAUUACACGUGAUAAGUCCAGUGAAACACAUGAGACUAAGUCUCGACAAUCUCAGUCAAGACGACGCUUCAAACAGUAAUUCAGAUUUAUCAAGACUAUCGCCUGGAAAUAUUCCCUCGACUGAAAAUGACUCUUCCAAAGAUAAUACAACUUCCAGGGUUAAAUUAAAUUCAAGACGCGGAUCUAAAGAAGGCACACCAAGUAGUUUGUCAAGUACACCGUCAAAUAUAAAACUCGACAUUGACAUUGACACACAAUCGCUUCCUGCAGCUGAAGUAAAUACCAAUAAUACUUCAAUCACAAGUUCAGGCGACGAGAGUCUCACUCUUUUGGGCGCAAACACCGCCGAUGUGACAAUUACAUCGCCACUUUCGCCAAUUGCCGGUCCACUUUUAUCCACGCACAAAUACACUUAUUCAAACAAAAAACGUGUAACCACAAAAAUUGCCGGUUCAAAAACUGGUUAUUUAUCAUGGGAGAGUCCAAUGUCAGAGAGAACAAGAUCAAGUAGCGAGGAUGAUGACUCAAGUAUCAGUGAUUCACUCAACAGUCAACCGGAGGAUAAUACUCUAAUGACAAAUGGUUUAGAUGAUUCAAUGUUACGUACAACAAGUAAUGUUAAAAUUACCAGCGAUCAUUGUACUUAUUUAAAAGCCAAGGACAAAUUACAUGUGACAGCAAGAGUUGUUUUAAAUCGUGCCGAUCCAAAACAUAUGCUCGCCAAAAGAUUUAAAAGUGAUUCAAUAUCAGAGACAAAUGUUGUUGUCACCAGUGAUAAAACAUCAGAAGCAUCAGAUGACGAGACAAGUCAUAAUACAUCAGUUGAGCCGGAUUGUCGAGCAAGACGAUCAAGUCUUCGUGGUCAUGUGAAAAAAGGCUGCGCCUGUUGUAAUGGAUCACCCGAGAGGCCAAAGAAAAAACCCGUCAAGCUCGAUCAUAAAUUGAAAAAGAGGCUUUCAUCAUCGAAACAAUUGGGAAAGAAAAGGUAGUCCUAGCAAUUAUACUCUAAUAUAUUCUACGAUCAUUUGUAUUUUAAUGUGUAAAAAAAAAAAAAAAAAUAUUCACCGGUUCUUUUUUGGGAAAAGCAAUGAUUUAACCCCUUAAAAAAAACUAAAAUCAGAAUUUAAAAUUAUAAUUAAAAAAUUGUAAUUUAAAAAAAAAUUCUGAUUUCAGUUAAUUAUGAUAAUAUCAAAUAUGAUGCUGGUGUACAUAAUUUUUUUUUUCAAGAAAGCUUCUGGAGAAGUUCUUUAAAAAAAAGGAUGAAAUUCUCCUUUUUGAAUAUAUAGAAAUAACGUUGAAUAUUAUUAUCUCCGUGUGAGAUAAACAAUUUAUUAGAAUUCUUGAUAAGAGUAGGUCAUCCUUUUACUUUUAGGUGUUAAUACAAUUCUAGUGAUAGUGUGAAUCAUUAUGAAUGGCAGAUUUAGGGUAUAAAAAAAAAAGAAAGCAACUAAUGAAGAAACUUUAGAAAUGCAAUCUAGUCAAAGGCUUGAGAGAGAGGCUCGUGGGGGUGAAAUAGAGAGUCAUGAAACAAAUAUAAAUCAGAGGUGAAAUAAUCGAUUUGUGUAGAUUUUUUUUUUUUUAAAAAAAGGAAAAAAAAGUGAAUUCAGAUUUGUAUCUCUAUAACUUGCAGCAUCCAUCACGUGAUGCACAAAUAUAAAAAUUUGCGACGGAGUAAUCGGGCCAAAUGAUUAGACCAAAUGUUUCGUACACAUUCCGUUUUCAACGACCAUCACCAUCGGUUUAUUAAAUUUUCUUGUGUUCUCUAGUUAGUGUUUAUUUUUUCUGUUUAUUUUUGUAAUUUAAUUUAUUUUUUUUUCAAGUCAUCGUCAUUUCUUUUUAUUUAACAAAAAUAGAAGUAUUUAAAUAAAUAAAACAUUUCGAAUUAUUAAAAAUAAAAAUUACCAUUUAAAAAAAAAAAAAAAUUUCAGUAAGAAUUAGAUUUAUUAAAACAAUGUAGAAUUUAAUUUUUAAACUACAGUUUUGACAUUAGUAAAUACCCUCAGGGAUUAUUUGUUCUCUUUUUGUUUUAAUAUUUCUUUUUUUCCUGUAAAUAUUUUCACAGCGUGACAAAUUUAAAGAGAAAAAAAAAUUCGUGAACUAUAUCGCGAAAACAUUUUUUCUUAUACAGAGCGUAGAAUUCCUUUAUAAUAAAGGAUAUAUGUAUAUUUUUGUUUCUUAAUUUUUUCCACUUUGCAAAGGCCUCGCGUUGGUUCUUUUUUUAUUUUUCUAUUUAAAAAAAAAAAAAAAAAAAAAAAAAAGAAGACGGAAAUCUUAAGAAAUUUCUUUGUGAUCUUUAUUUUCCGUGCCAUUUAAUUUUCGUUCAUAAGAACGAAUGCGGAUGUAGCAAACGAUACUUACACUGUAGUUUUCUAAUUAAAGUUGUAUUAUUUAAUUUAUUCAUUAAUGAUUUAAUAAUAAUAAUAAUAAUAAUAAUAAUUGCAAGUUAAUGAGUCGGAUCACUUGUCUUUUCUGGCCUGAUUGUACCUUGUCACAGUGCAUGUAUAAAAAUUUCAUACUUGUACAUUAUUGUAGACUGCAUAGAUAAACUCGUUAAAAAAAAUAUAUAUUACAUCGCUGCACUUUAGUACAAAUGCUUUGUCUGAUUUAAAGAAAAAAAAAAACAAUAACUACAACAAUAAUAAACGUCAUGUUUAUAAUCAUAUUUCCACGUGCCCUUGUGAUGUAUGAAUGCCUGCAGUUAAUCAUUUAAUUACCGUUUCCACUUGUGAAAAACAAAGACGGUGAAACUUGCAAUGUUCGAAAUUUAAUAUAUAAAUAAUAUAUAUAUAUAUAUAUUAUUAUAGUUAGUCUAUUUACAAUAUAUUGGUAUUUGUAUAAGUUUUAUAGUGUAAAUAUUUGUUUUUGUUGAAAUCAAAGAUUUUUCCUAUAAAAAAAAAAGAAAAAAAAAUUUGUAAACUGUUUUUUUGAAUGUACUUCAGUUAGAUUUACGUAUAGAUUUAAACAUCAUAACACGAAAUGUUAAACGAUUUCAUUAUAUAUAUUUAAAAAAAGAGAAUACUCGAGUUAAAUAAAUUGUGUAUUUAAUAUUUCAUUUCAUUGCAAAAAUGAUUUUAUAUUCUUUACCUUUCUAAAAAAAAAAAAAAAAAAAAUUUGUACUUUUUUUCAUGUUAAUAUUUGUCGUAAAAAAGAAGAAUUGUCCAAGAAGUGAGUAACUUGAUUUUAUAAAUAUUAAAAUUUAUUUAUAAAAAUAUAAAUAAAAAAUUUUCGUUAAGUUAUUCUAAUUUUUGAUACAAUUCUUUUAUUUUAUUUUUUUUGUAUAGAUUAUAAUCUUUUGUUAGUUUCACCGUCUAUUUGCAAAUUCCAUUUCUCUCGUUUUGCGUUUAAAUGUUGUUGUAAAAAAAAAUGCGAGAUUUUUGCUAUUUCUAAAAUAUAAGAGCGACAACUAUCUUCCUGUACAUUAAAUAAUGAAAUUAAGAUGAAGAAAAAAACUUGUCUAUGUGUACAUUUUCAAGCAAAAAAACGUUUGCAUCAAAUGAACGCGUAUUUUUGAAUGACUUCAAAGACUUAAAAAAAAAUCAUAUUUGAAAAGUGAGAAAAUGAAAAAGAAGAGGAAAAAAUAUGAUGUAAUAACAAGAAGAAAAUUUUUAUUUGUCGGUGAUAGUGCGGCCUUUUGCCGUUCCUUAGUCGUACCAACAGCAUUUAUAUAAAUAAGAACAUGAAAAAAAAAACUUGUAAACGCAUUAAAUAAAAAUAAAAAAAUUUUAUCGUAAGACAGCAACAAAGUUUUCCAAAGUUAGAUUCAGGUACUUAAGCUGCUUAAAUGCUGUUAAGGAUAACUUAAGAUUUUUUGUAAAACGUACAUUUGUUAAGGUUCAAGAUUUGUCACUUAAAAAAAGAAAAAAAAACAAAAAAAAAUCACUUUACCAGUAUUUGAAGCGCUAUACGUUGUACCGUAGCAAGCGAUGAUUCGAAAUGAAUUCAUAAUAUAUAGAAAAAAACAAAAAAAAUUGCAGACCGAUAAACUGCGAAUUGAUACGUAUUGGCCAAGGUAUUGUCGUUUAGCACAAAUUACUAUAGAAUGACGAAAGAAAAAAAAAUUGAUAAAUGAACGAAAUAGCAAGUGUCACCAAUCAAAAACAAAAUUACUCUUUCGUUCUUGAUAAUUUAUCUGCGAUUUUCACUGCCAAAAGUUAAUGUGAAAAAUUUGAAAUUAUUUUUUUAAUAAUUAAUAUUAUAAACAAAUUCGAAAAGAUUAUUUUAAAAAUUAAAUUUUUCUCAGUCAAAAACUAUUGGUAAUUAACGCAGAUAAAUCAUUUUAUAAUUAUUAAAGAAUUAUGAAAAAUUAAUCCCUAAUUUGUAUAAAUUACAAAAAAAAAUUUUUUUUUUUAACUUCUCUUGGAAAAUAAGUUAAAAUUAUAUAAUAAAUCAAAAAGAAAAACGAGUAUUUUGAUUUUGAUUGUGAGUUUUUACGAGAUCAACAGCUUACGGUUCACAAUUUUUCAAAAAAAAGAAAAAAAAACUGCUCUGUAAAUACCUAAUAAUAACAGAAAUGAAUGGUUCUUUUUUUAGAAAUUAAUGUAUUAUAUGAAUGAUACAUAAAAAAAAAAAUUAUAUAGUGACAUGUAAUAAACGAUGAUGUAUUUGUUGAUGAAGCGCAUUAGUAUUGGUACUACUAUAUCAAUUAAGAUAGUAAUUUAUAUUUAUAUAAAAAUAUUAUCAAAAUAUAAUAUUAUAUAUAUAAAUAUAAAUUGAGUAUAUAUGUGUAUGUGUGAAAGAGAGAGAGAGAGUUUGAUGGAGAAAUGCACAAAAGAUGAGUAAAAAAAAAAAAAAAAAGAAAAAUUUCGUAAUCGUUGUUUGUCGCGAGUACCAAAACGAAAAGCGACAUUCGCGAUGCGAUUGAAUAUAUCAGAGUGAGAAUGAAAAUUGAAAGAAAAAAAAAUAAUAUCGAUUUCUUUUACGGCUUAUAACGUAGUGUCCCGUCGGUUUUAUCUGUCGAAAAAAAAAAUCUAAAUACUCAGUGGAUAUGACUGUACAGCGUAUCGAUGAAUACUUAUCUGAAAAUAAUACAUAACAUAUAUCCAAGAAAAAAAAAAUAAGAAUAAUUCCUUUUUCAAGUGGAAAUAAUGAGGAUAACAUAUUGUAAAUAAAUAAGACAUAUUUUCUAUAUAAUGGACACGUCGUUCAGUAAGAUCGACGGUUCGACAAAAAAAAAAAAACCUUGCAAUAUUAUAAUAAUUCUUUCAAGUGAUAGGAUAGUGUUUAAUCGUUUUAUGUAAUGUAACGAUAGCAGAGGGUAUGGCAGAAUAAAAACGAAAGUUCUGUAUUUAAAUAUUCA